ACAAAACAUUCAAACCGAAUUUAUUAUUAUUGGCUAGUACACGUUCCCAGCGGUAUGGAUGGUGUGGCGCAAAAUACUUGCGGUGUUCCACAGAACACCCUUCCUGUGCAAACCAUAGAAAAUCUGAUCUCCGCGUGUGACCUCGCCCCAACAACGCAAAUGGAUCUGGAGGAUUUCGGUGUCAACGAUCUGAAACAACUCGUGGACCUUCGCCAAAGCAUGACUUAUCCUGCAGAUCUUCAGUUUAUUAAGAACCCCUUGGAUCGCAAAAAGGUUCAAGAUUUCAUCGACAAAAAUGCACCAAUGCCACCGCCGGCCUCCAGUCCUCCCAAGCUAACCCCCAAAAAGUGUGCAGGAAUUUACGAAGGGAUGUGAAAAUAACACACGGGAUAAAGCACCAUGGAUGUGGCUUAGCUUCAAAGGAUACGUCAACGACGAAAAAUGUGACAUCCAAAUAGCAACGGCUCGCCCCCAGUUUCCUCCCAGUCAGUAAAAACGUCGAUCCUAACGCGAUGUAUUUUCUGUUGAUCAGAUUUAUGUGUGCCAUUUUGUUUGUUAGCGAUGUUAAAUUUAAAGCUGCUAGCACCAAGGUUUUACAGAUUAUGUACGAGUAAUAUAAUUAUAUUAUCAAAAUUGUGUAAUGUUCGCCGCUUGUCUGGUUUCUGUCCUUUCUUGGGAGAGCCUGGUCAUUACUCGAGAUACAACAGGUGAUAAACUGACGGUGCUUAGUGGAAUUUGGGGACAGCGUCUGAUAUUUCGCCGAUACUUCUAUGAUUCUAUCAGUUUUUAGUCUUUGGGACAAUAUACGCGUAAUUUGCUAGUCUUGCAGUUGCGCAGCAUCGCAGGUUUAUUAAUAA